UUUCCACCGUUGCCAUCAGAUCACAAGCAUGGAGCGAUACACCGUCCAGAGAGUACUGGCACCCGCCCUGUAUGGGGACGUGGUGCUCUGCCGCGACAAUCUCACUGGAGAUCAAGUCGCCAUCAAGCGCAUGAACAUCACCGCCGCACGCAGUCAGACGAUGGUCAACGGCCAUCGCCGCAUCUCCGAGGACGUCAUGUUUGAAAAACAUGUCAACCAAGUGCUCAGCUCGGAAGGGGGACACCAACACAUCUUGCGCAUGCGCACCGACUUCGUUCAAAAUGGCUUCGAACACUUCGUCUUCGACUUUUGCCGCGGCGGCGAGCUGUUUGACGUCAUCAACGCUUCCGAGAAGCUCUCGAACGAUGCAUCAUUGCGCUACUUCCGCCAAAUCCUCUCGGGGGUCCGCUACAUGCACGCCCAAGGCUUGGCGCACCGCGACCUGUCCCUCGAGAACGUCCUCUUGGACGAGCACAACAACGCCAAAGUGUGUGACUUCGGCUUGGCCGCGAGCGUUCCGAGCCUUCGCCACGAAGGCGUCGGCAAAGCAUUCUACAUGGCGCCAGAAGUCGUGUCGCGUCUGUCAUACGACCCCAUUAAGGCUGACGUGUGGUCUUUGGGCAUCAUGCUGUUCAUCAUGCUUGCCGGCAUUCCGCUUGUCGAAAUGGCAUCCGACGCCGACAGUCGCUUCCGCAUCCUCAAGGUCAAGGGGUUGAAGAAGCUCGUGCACAUGUGGAACAUGACGAGCGUGUUCGAACCGGAAGCCCUCGACCUGUUGGAACUGAUGCUGCACCCCAACCCCGAGUUCCGCUUGACGAUGGAUCAAGUGAUGAACCACGAGUAUGUCCGCAACCCUGUGGACGAAGUGGCAGUCCACGUGGCGUCCACCAAGGUGGAAGGCAUGUCGUCCAAGUGCCUAUCUCGUGCGGUGGCCAUCAAAGGGAAGGGAAUUGCCUCGUCAGUCAUGAACUGCCUUCGCAAUAUGAAUCGUCGCCCGUCGUCGCGCAAGAUUCUGGCGGCGCCAACUCAGUCCAUUGCAGACAGUGUCGUGACUGCGUGAUGAAUGGCUUGCGUGGAUGACAGACAUAUUUAUUAGUGUGCCGUGGUGGUGCUUGUAAUUUAUACCCUAGUAUUUAUAAUACAAUGAAUCUCUUGAAUCGAUCAAUUCCA